UAUAGUUGGUUCAGAGUUUGUUUUGAUAUUUCAACCUGCGUGUCCUGAUCGCGUCUGUUGUGGAUGGACAAAAUGAACAUGCGCGCGAUGGCGGCGGGUCUAGUCGGCAUGUUAGAAAGGGAUGUCAUAUGACUAGCUAAGUGAUAAUAAAAAAAUAUAUGCAUUAAAACUGUUUUGUUCAGUUUGACGGUCUUUUUGAGUACUGCUCAAAACCAACCGAUUUAGACUCGGAUAUUAAGUACGCAAUAUUUAAGAACGUCUUUACAGUACACAUGAACACUCAUCAUGCACUGUGUCUUUAACGGGUUGAGCCCCUGCUAGCCAAUGAGAUGAGCCGGACACACUGUACCCGGAAGAAAGCCGACUGUAUGAGCAAUGAUGAGCUGUAGCUAACAUGUACAUGAUUAAUUAUAUCGCUAUUUAUUUCACUUUUAUUUUAACCGGUGAUCUUUUUAUAUAAUUUAAAGGCUGACAUUCUCGUAUGAACCUGGUUGGUAACUUGGCUCCUAUCACAAGGUUUGGCUUAGUUAACAUGUCAGCAACAGCAGAUCACUUCAUGUAUUUUGCUUUUGGAAGCAACUUGUUGAAGGAGAGACUCCAGCUGGCGAACCCCUCGGCUAUAUUUCAUUGCACCGGUCGACUGAAGCAGGACUACACAUUGAACUUUGGUCUGUGGGGGGAGCACAUUGACAACCGUUGGCAUGGCGGAGUAGCAACCAUCGAGCAGAAAGAGGGGGGAGAGGUGUGGGGGGUGGUCUGGCGGAUGAGCAACGACCACCUAGCCAGCCUGGACCAGCAGGAGGGGGUGGACAGGGGUAUGUACUUCCCCCUAGAGGUGACAGUGGAGACGGAUGAUGGGGCACUACUCUGUAGAACAUACCAGAUGAACCGCUUCCACGCCUGUCCCCCCUCGCCACAAUACAAACAGGUGGUGUGUUUAGGAGCCCAGCAGAACGGUCUACCAGUGCAGUACGUGAGGAGACUAGAGGAGGUUCAGACCAACAACUACAGCGGCCCUUCUAUCCUGGACCAGAUCUCACAGGUCAUUAAGUAAUUCUGAUAUUUUUUUCCACUAAUUGGUCUUUUGAUUUGGUAUUUUGACCAAUCAGAUCAGCUCUGAAAAGAUAU